AUGCGAGGACAAGGAAAAAAUAGACGACCCCUCAUCUCUGCGCCGAUAGGUCCUGUCAAAAACUCGAGAGGUGCCGAUCUUAUCCGAAGCGAGAGGCUUAUUAUUGUCGAUGCCAUCAAAGACUGCGAAACAGAUAGCUCUGGCUCGACUCUCGAAAGUCACAGCCGUUUGCCAAUGCAGAGCUUGAGGUGCAUCUCCGAAGGUUUUCGCAGUGGCGGGCAGUUGCAGAGCAGCCCUACCGUCGAAAGCUUUGACAUCGCUGCCAAGCCAACCAUCAAAGCUGGCGCUGAUCCAAAAUCUUCAAAGAAGCUACGGAGAAGCCUUCUAUCAUCAACUUCAUCCAUACCAAAACCAUACUUCAAGACGGCGUCAACGGCCACGCCUAUCUCAGUGCCAAUCGUGACUCAGCAAGAUGAGAAUAUACCUCCCGCGCCUGAUGGGUUUCCCCGAUUAGAUUCACCAACGCCGCGCCUGGUCAAUAAACUUCCAAAGUCUCGAACUAUGAGUGCCCUCCAAGACUUGAAAACGUCUAUUUCACGGCCGUCGUUGGCUACUCGCUCUAUCAAUACUUCUGCUUUUAAUGGCACUUCUGCCAAAAUGUCUCCAUCUUCUACUGGAACAACAGCAACUUCUCCCCAGCUUUCGAAAUUGAACUUGAUGCAACCAUCUACAACAUCACUGGCCAGAUCGGUUCAAAGUUGCACUUCUGAGACUCCAUCAAUGCGGAUUAGCAACGCACAAUCAUCGGCCUACUGGUCUGGCCGUUUCGUGGCCCUUCAUGACCGAUUUUCAUCUGAGAAUCUCGCCGCAGAUGCCCGUGAAUCUCGACGCUCGCUGGCCGACUCUUUUUCGGCUCAGACAAAAACUCCCUAUACCAGCCUAUACCAACGCACAUCUCAUCUCCCUACUUCAACCACUACUUCGGCUUUGAAGACACUCAUGACCUCAUCCAAUACUCCAUCAGUAACUGAAGAGGAGGCUCGAUGCCGUCGCAUAUUCGAUCAUCUCGAUUCACUCUGCACCACAACCGAAGCACGGCGCUCCUUGCACGCCUGGCAGCAAACUUACGCUCGUCGACAUGGUCGACCCUCUCUGCUUCCUGAGGGUGGCUCCAUGGAAGAGAGAGGCUUCAUGGCUAAGAUUUUCGGCACUGAUGCUUGA